GCCAGCAGUGAAAAUCUGUAUAAUAGUAAUACACGUAACGUGAACUAUAUAGAUUUUCAGUACUGACCGUGUAUAACAUGGCCUUUAAUUAAUGUAACAAAAUACAAUCGCGCAAAAUGUACAACUAACUUCGUAAAGAACAAGUUCACUCUUGUGAUAUGAAAAUGUACAAAAUGUGCGUGUUAGUAGUGGUUAGAAUUUAAAAAAAAUUAAAUAAUAAACACUACAUUAGAGAUCAUACGUGUACAUACAUUACAAGCAUUACAAAAUGGAUAUUAAAAAUACUAAAAAUAAAAAUACCCGGCCUCCUAAGAGGAUCAAUUAUUAUUCAGAUAUUAUUAUGGGGACAAAACUAAUUGGUUCACCUACUGCCCCAAGAAAGACCAGCCUUGCAUGGCAAAUUCUCACAGAUCGGUAUAGUCCGAUUGUAAAAGACCUUAAAGUACGAAACACGCAAACUGUCCUUGGCGCCGCUGAGCGAUGGAUAACGUUCCCUGAAGAUAAAUCUAUCGCAUUUCCGGCGGAUACCUUUUUACCAAAAGUACAAAUGGCAUAUAGUGCUGAUCCAAAAAUACCACCGCGCAAUGUUGAAAUGGAAAGAAGACGAAGAGCAUACGAAAAUCUCAAAAUAGAAGACGCCUUAAAAGCGGAAGGUGUCAAGACAUAUGACAUGUUACCAGUUGAGAAAAUUCGUCCACUACUUUCUUUUGAAAAGAAAUACGAUUUAUAUUCCAAGGCAAGUUACUUACCGUUGGAACUGUUUGACGACGAAGAAUAUGAUUGUAGAACGGCAGAGGAAUGGAUAAAUCUGGGAAUUAUCAAUGGUGUUCGUCAUCCGUUACCGGCCACAGUAUUUGUCGAAAGGACAAGAAUAGAUAAGAAAUGGAUAUUUGAUCACGAUGAUAAUACAUUGACUAAUUUGUUCGACUGGUUCCACGCUGCUGUUACGGAUUACGAUAACGAAUGGAAAUUAUGGACCGUUGUCACUCUGGACGGUUUUAAGCGAAAAUUUCUUCUGCCUAGAAUAUACAUUCGAUUUUUUGCAGAAGAUCCUGGAAAAUUUGCCAAGAGAGUGGCUGCUGCUAUAAAACAAAGACAAAUUGCAGAAAUUAAUGUUAGGUAUCAAUUUUAUUUGGACUGUAUGCUAGUAGAAGGUAUGCCAACGCUGGAUGAAAAGCAACAGGAAGUUAUAAUCCUAUCAGCCACGCGAAAAGGUCUUGUAAAGUGUGAAUCCAAAUAUCUUACAAAUUUAAUGGCCGAAGUCGUUUUGGAGUAUCGUCACGUCAUGUGCGACCUUAUGUGGAGAUCUCUCAUAUGGAAACAGCCGGAAGUGUUUGAUUUUAUUACGUGGAAUGACAUUAAUAGCACUCACGAAAUUAGGAUACCAGAAAUGAGAAAGUUGUGCACUGAAAUGGAGGACUUUACGAAGACCAAAAAUUUUGUACACUGGACAAUUUUGUACGUUUUGCCGGAGGUAUACGAAGCUAUGGGUUGUGUAGCCAUUGAAUGCGUUAACAUAUUGAAUGUGAAUCUCUUCGUCUCAAAUUACGGAAAAUCCAUGGAUCUGUCGGAGUUCGAAUCGCAGCAGCAGCAAGAAACUGAUACAGUGAUAAAGUAUCUAAAAGAAAUGUGGUUGGAGAGGAUUACGCAGUCGGUCAGACUGUGUUUAAGAGAUAUCGGGAAAGGAUGGUUCGAUCUCGGGCAAAAAAAUUAUGAUGUAUACGAUGUAAUGAAAUUGAAACGAUUUAUGACUCUUAUUAUAUAUCGAAUGCAGAAUGCGCUUCGGAAUCUCAUGAACAAAUCGAUGACCUUUUAUUUAGAAUUAUUAGAAACUCCGGCUCUUUGUACAUUAAAUGUGGAUGAAAAUUUUGUGUGGGGUGAUGAUCUCGUAAAUACACACUUUAAAUCUCCAGUGAAUCCUAUCUUUAAUAUUGAAAUCGCUAUGAAUGCCGAAACUGCUUAUUAUUUAACUGAUCUUGAAUCAUUUGAGGAAAUUAUUGUAGCCAUAUUAGACAAUUCUUUAAGCCAGUGCCAUAAAAUUAGGCAAGUUCACCCUUUCUUGUUACCCUUCUUGAAAUUUCCCAAAGAUCUGUAUCUCAGCUCGGUCGGCUUACUGGAGAAGCAGGUUUGCGAAGUACGAGAACGCCUGCGGACGGCUUAUCAGAAGUCUGUAAUACCCCUAAAGGCAUACGCGAGAGAAUAUCAGCAAUAUUUAGGAAUUUACAAAUUGGACGUCGAAAAAUAUGUAGAGGAUUUCAGAAAAGCAGAUCACACCGUCGCGGAAAUCAGGGACGAAGUAUCGUUCCACUUUAAGAUGAAAUCGAUCCUCGAGCUCGCACUGCCAAAGAACAUUGCCAUAGGACCGUUCUUUGUAAACGUUCGUCCCCUUCGAAAAUUUCUCGUACAGAAACGACAAAGCUGUUACACGCAGUUGCUUAUUAUGUUUACCGACGGCUUAAGAAAGAAGAUCGAUGUUGUUCUGUCUGAUUACGUGCAAAUCAGAACGAGGCUAAGAGUAACGUCACGCAAUAUAAAACAUUUGUUCGAAGAGCGGGAUUGGAUAGAGACUAUACCGCUGACCGUGAAAAAUCUGGACGAAAUUGUACAAAGGUUGAAGCAUGAAUACGAUAUUCUUGAUCACUUCUGGUGGAAUCUAUCCGAUGAAGAUUUCGAAAUCAAGUGGCAAGCUAUCGGUUUUCCUCGGCAAGUGCAAUUAUAUAUGGAAGAAGCAAUGAAUCGCUUUGCCGGUGAAUAUGAAAAAUUUCAUAAGGUACAAAUGCAGGAAGAAAUUCUUUUAUCGGAGAAGAUUGACACACUCAUGAGAAAUGUUACAAACGUGACACUGCAGACGGAUAUCAACAAAGUACAUGAAAUAGCUAUAGAAGUAAAAAGGAUAUGGAAAAUGAUGAAAGAUUGUCAAGAAUCGGGUUUAUUGUUGAACGAGCGGCAAAAAUUAUUCGGCAUGGAUGUUGUACCGUUCGAGCAAUUAAAUAAAUUGAUGAAGGAAUUCGAACCGUAUCAAACAGUAUGGAUUACUGCAUCUGAUUGGUUAAAUCGGCAAGAAAUAUGGAUGGACAAUCCUCUGAUAAGUUUCGAUGCGAAUCAAAUUGAAGGUGUGACUGCCGACAUGCAUAAAGCUAUGUCGCAUUGCGUGAAAGUAUUUCAAGAGAAUCCACAGAUGGCUUCUAUAGCGCACAAUGUAAAGGAUCAAAUCGAAGCGUUUAAGCCCUACGCCGACAUGAUACAGGGUUUACGAUAUCCAGGAAUGAAAAGUCGACAUUUUGAAAAACUUACUAAAGAAACCGGUAUACAAAUAGCACUUACGCCAACUUUGACUUUUAAAAAUUUACUCGCUCUCGGUGUAAUGAAACACGAGAAUAUUGUGAAGACCGUCGCAGAUGCUGCAGCGAAGGAAUUCUUGAUAGAAAGUACACUAGAUAAAAUGAUAGUCGAGUGGAAAAUGAUCACGAUGGAUAUAUUACCUUACAAAAAUACGGAUAAAUAUAUUAUAAAGAUUUCCGAAGAGAUUAUUAGCCUCUUGGACGACGAUAUUCUUAAAACUCAACAUCUUAGUUUUAGUCCAUUUAAAGCUGUUUUUGAGAGCCAAAUCGAUGAGUGGGAAGCUAAAUUGAGAUUAAUUCAGGAAGUGAUCGCGUUAUGGAUGGAGGUGCAAAAGCAAUGGAUGUAUUUAGAACCAAUAUUUGCGUCUGAAGAUAUUAAUCGGCAGUUGCCGGUGGAAUCGCGUAAAUUCCAUACGAUGGAGCGCAAUUUGAAGCGAAUUAUGAAAAACGCUCGUGAUUGCCCAUAUGUAAUUAUCACGUGCGCGGAUAAGACGUUGUUAUCGAGCUUGAAGGAAUGUCGAUUAAUGUUAGAAACUAUUGAGAAAGGUUUGUCCGAUUAUCUGGAGACCAAACGUAUGAUCUUCCCGCGCUUCUUCUUCCUGAGCGACGAUGAACUUCUCGAGAUAAUUGUCCAGUCUAAACAAGUUCAAGCGGUACAACCACAUCUAAAGAAAUGCUUCGAGAACAUAAGGGAAUUGAGAUUUGAGAAUCCAGAUCUCAGGAUAACGAGGAUGUAUUCUGCUGAGUACGAGGAGGUUUUAUUAAGGCCGCCAAUCUGUCCUCAGGGAAAUGUGGAGAAUUGGCUGGGACAGGUCGAAGAUGCGAUGCGCAAUACUCUACGAGAGAUCAUCGGCGAGGCUCUUGAAAUAAUAGAAAGAACACCGCGCAAGGAGUGGGUGUACAUGUGGCCGGGCCAGAUAGUUCUCUGCGGAGGUCAAACACAUUGGACCGCCCGCGUGGAGGAAAGUAUCACGAACGACGCACUAGCCGACUAUUACAAUUCGAUGUUGCUGCACCUCGAAGAGUUGCGGAAAUUAAUAUGCAGUCCGCAAACUGAAGUACAAAGAUUGAUGCUGGAGGCUGUAAUCACAAUUGAAGUUCACGCCAAGGAUGUUUUGUAUAAAUUGAUCCAAGAGAGAGUGAUCAAUGUCAAUGAUUUUGAAUGGAUCUCUCAAUUACGAUAUUAUUGGGUUGACAAUAAGGAUUUGAAGAUUCGUGCAGUAAACGCUGAAUUUUCAUAUCAAUACGAAUAUUUAGCUGGUCCGGCAGGUACUGGCAAAACAGAGACCACAAAGGAUCUCGCGAAGGCAUUCGCGAUUCAGUGCGUGGUUUUCAACUGUUCCGAUCAGCUAAAUUUUCAAUCUAUGGGCAAGUUUUUCAAGGGACUCGCCAGCACCGGUGCGUGGGCGUGUUUCGACGAAUUCAAUCGAAUCAAUAUUGAGGUUUUAUCUGUUGUAGCGCAACAAAUCAUGACCAUUCAAAAAGCACAACAAACACAAGCAAGCACAUUUCUUUUCGAAGGAAUCGAACUUGUAUUGAAGCAAUCCUGCGCUGUAUUCAUCACUAUGAAUCCUGGUUAUGCCGGUCGAACGGAGUUACCUGACAACUUGAAGGCACUUUUCCGGCCGGUCGCUAUGAUGGUGCCAAAUUAUACUCUUAUCGCUGAAAUAUCAUUGUUCUCGUACGGCUUUGUGGAUGCUGGAAAUCUUGCCAGAAAAAUCACGACAACUUUUAAACUGAGCUCAGAACAACUAAGCACACAAGAGCAUUACGACUUCGGUAUGCGUGCGGUAAAGACUGUUAUUGCGACUGCUGGCAAUUUGAAAAGAGAGCAGAAGAAUCUUGAAGAGAACCAAAUUUGCCUGCGUGCCUUGAAAAGUGUAAAUGUUCCUCAAUUUUUGAAGGACGACUUGAAAUUGUUUAACGGUAUUGUAUCAGAUCUCUUCCCAGGACUCACCGAGAAACCAGUGGACUAUGGGAUCCUAGAAACAAGCAUCCGCAGAUCUAUUCAACAAAUGGGUUUAGAAGACGUUGAUGACUUUGUGAGAAAGGUGGUGCAGCUAUACGAAACUACAUUGAUGCGUAACGGAUUAAUGCUCGUGGGUCCAACUGGUUCAGGAAAGACUAAGUGUUAUAAAGUCCUAAAGCACACGUGCACAUGUUUGAAAGGUCAAUUACAAUCAAAUGGCAAGCCGUUUACAACAGUUAUCACAUAUGCAUUGAAUCCAAAGGCUAUAACAAUGGGGCAACUGUACGGCGAGUAUGAUUCGGAUACACACGAAUGGACAGACGGAAUAUUGCCAACUUUAAUACGAGCGGAUAUAGCAGCGGCGGAUUGUGAUAAACGUUGGUAUAUUUUUGACGGACCAGUCGAUACAGUGUGGAUCGAGAAUUUGAACACUGUUCUGGACGACAAUAAAAAGCUUUGCCUCACGUCAGGGGAAAUAAUGAAAUUACUGCCGACUCAAACCAUGAUAUUUGAAGUAUCAGACCUUCGCGUAGCCUCGCCGGCUACAAUUUCAAGAUGUGGUAUGGUGUACAUGGAACCAGAAAACGUAGGCCUGCAAGCUUUACUCGAUUGCUGGAUACGGUCAUUACCAACGACGAUGAACAAUUACAUCAAAGAGAUAACUGAGUUAACAACUCAACUGGUGCUUCCCGGCCUGAAGAUUGUACGCGAGAGUUUACGAGAGAUCGUAAGAACCGUAGAUUCCGCCAUUGUUCAAUCUUACAUAAAUCUAAUGAACUUUAGAAUUGAACCAAUGACUGAACGUGACGGAAGAGCGCCACCAAGUUUUGCUUUCGAAAGAGCUAUACCAAAUUUGCUGUCACCAUGGACAGCUUUCGCCACCGUUUGGGGAUUAGGUGCAACUUGUGAUUACAAAAGCCGUUGCAUAUUCAGUGAUUGGCUGAAAAAGGUACAAAAGGAUGCUCAACAUAAAAUACCAUUUCCAGAAGACGGUCUUGUAUUUGAUUACAGAUUACACGAUGGCGGAUUCACUGAUCCAGUCGAGGGUCAAGAGCUAAUUCUACCAAAGUGGUACAAGUGGCUGGACGGAAUUUCAUCUAUCAGAAUAAAGCCGGAAACCAAAUAUAUGGAUAUCAUAAUUCCAACUAUGGAUAACGUACGAAGCGCGGCGUUAAUCGAAUAUCUUCUCAUUAACGAGACUAAUGUACUUUGCGUGGGUGCAACCGGAAGCGGCAAGACUGUGACGGUGUCAACAAAACUGUCACGUAACAUGCCGAAGAAGUACAUUUAUGACUUUAUGACAUUUUCGGCGCGAACCACGGCUCAGAAGACACAGGACUUAAUUGACGCAAAAUUGGACAGGCGACGUAGAGGUAUCUACGGGCCGCCGAUCCUGAAAAAGCAAAUUUUCUUCAUCGACGACUUGAAUAUGCCGGCACUCGAUACGUGCGGCGCUCAACCACCGCUUGAAUUAAUUCGCCAGUUUAUGGAUUUUUGCGGGUGGUAUGACAAAAGGGACAUCGGUUCCUUCAGGCUAAUCGAGGACGUGAAUUUCGUCACAGCCAUGGGACCUCCUGGAGGCGGAAGAAACCCAAUAACUGCCAGACUUUUACGACAUUUCCAUAUUAUUGCAUUUCCAGAGAUGGAGGAUGAUGCCAAAUCGCAUAUCUUCAAAACAAUUCUUGAUUCGUGGCUGUCGAACAUACCAGAUCUUUAUAAUCUACUGGACGACAUAGUGAAUUGCACUAUAAACAUUUUCACAGUUAUACGCAGCGAGAUGUUACCAAUUCCCAACAAAUCGCAUUACACCUUCAAUCUACGCGAUCUGAGUAAAGUGUUCCAGGGCAUUCUUAUGGCAGACGCAACAAAAAUAUUAGUUCGCGAGAAGUUACUAUUACUUUGGUAUCAUGAGAAUAUUCGAGUCUUCGGCGAUCGCUUAAUUAACAGCGAUGACAACAAAUGGUUCGAUCAGCUCUUACGCAAUGUAUUGAAGGAAAAGUUUAAUUGCAACGCCGACGAUAUCAUCGGAAAGAAACCGUUGUUUUAUGGUGACUUUUGUAAUACAGCCGGAGAAUAUGAACAGAUAAUAGAUAUUGAAAAAAUGAAAAGUAUUCUACUAGAUUUUUUAGACAGUUAUAAUGAAUUAAUGACAUCGCCCAUGCAAUUAGUGCUUUUUGAAGAUGCAAUAAGCCAUAUUUGUAGAAUCACACGAAUACUUCGACAAUCUGGAGGAAAUGCAUUAUUGCUCGGAAUGAGUGGAUCAGGAAGUCGAAGCCUGACAAAGCUUUCGUCACACAUGAAAGAAUACAAUUGUUAUCAGAUUGAAAUCAGUAAAGUUUAUACAAUCCACGACUGGCGAGAUGACAUCAAGAAUAUAAUGUUAAAAGCGGGGUUGCAGAAUCAACAUAUUGUCUUUUUGUUCUCUGACGAACAGAUAAAAAAUGACUCUAUGCUAGAGGAUUUAAACAACAUUCUAAAUAACGGAGACGUACCAAAUAUAUAUCAAGCUGAUGAAGUAGACAAAAUAUAUCAAGCAAUGCGAGCACCAACACAAGAGGCUGGGCUACAGAUCAAUAAAAGCAACCUUUUCUCCGUCUAUCUGAAGGCAGUCAAGAGCAACUUCCACGCUGUUAUUACGAUGAGUCCGAUUGGAGAUAUAUUUCGCGCUCGCAUCAGACAAUUUCCGGCGCUAGUAAAUUGCUGUACUAUUGAUUGGUUUUGCCCCUGGCCGGAUGCCGCCCUUCAGACCAUAGCAACACAUUUUCUGUCGGACAUCCAAGAUCAGUCGACCAUCUCGCAUAAAACUUUGCAGUCUAUCGUAAAAAUAUGCCAAUAUAUGCAUUGCAGUGUGAUCGACGCUAGUGAUCGCUUCUUGAAAGAAUUAGACCGUCAUAACUAUGUCACACCUAAGUCAUAUUUGGAAUUGCUGUCGAGUUAUGGUGACCUUUUAAAAAAGAAGAAGGACGAAUUAAAUUCUUCCAUGAGACGUUUGUCCACUGGAUUAAAUAAAUUGGCGAAUACAGAAGCAGAAGUGAAAGAUAUACAGGAGAUGCUGAAACGUAUGAAACUCGAGUUAGAGAAAGCGGCAGAGGCAACGGCAGGAAUGAUACAUGAGAUUACUCAAGAUACAAUUGAAGCAGAGGAGACCAAAAUAGUGGCUAUGCAACAAGAAGCGGCGGCAUCAAAAUUGAAGGAAGAAAAUAAAGCGAUCAGGGAUGAGGCAGAGGCCGAUUUGAAUGAAGUAAAACCAAUGCUCGAGGCUGCUGAAGCCAGUUUAAAAGCACUAAAUAAAAGUGAUAUUACGGAGGUAAAAGCGAUGAAGAGACCACCAGUGGGAGUACUCUUAGUGAUUGAAGCAAUGUGCAUUAUAAACAACGUGAAACCACACAAGCUUCCUGGAAAACUUCCCGGUGAGAAGAUAUUAGAUUAUUGGACUCCUGGAACUCAAAUAUUAGCAGAUCCAAUUCAUUUUCUUCACACAAUGGCGCAUUUCAAAAAAGAAGAUAUUACAGAGGAAAUUAUAAAUAAAUUGAAAGAUUAUGUAGAAAAUCCCAAUUUCCAACCAGAUACAAUACUUCAAGCUUCGAAGGCUUGCCAUUCCUUAUGCUUGUGGAUCCACGCGAUAUACGAUUAUUACUUCGUAAAUAAGAAAGUUGAGCCCAAAAUGGCAGUCUUGGCAAAAGCAGAGGAGAUCCUGAUUGAAACCGAAACGGCACAAGCAGCUGCUAUGACAAGAUUUCAUGAAGUACAGGAAGGCAUCAAGAAAUUACAAGAUAAAUUGGCAAAAGAGGAAGCAAAAAAAGCCGAACUAGAAAGACAGAAGCAGCUUUGUGAAGAACGAAUGGCGCGAGCCAUAAGAUUAAUCGUAGGCUUGUCGGACGAACAGAAACGAUGGACCAUCAUGGUAGAUGAUAUAAAAAUGUCCUUAAAGAAUACUGUUGGUGAUAUCCUUCUGUCAUCAGGUGCGAUUGCAUAUUUGACGCCCUUCACGGAUACUUAUCGCCAAAAUCUCCUAGCAACCUGGUACGACGCUCUUGGCGACGACGUCCCUCAUACCCCAGGUUGCAACCCUAUAUUAACUCUCGGCAAUCAAAUGGAAAUAAAAAAUUGGCAUAUGAAUGGUUUGCCAAGGGACACCCUAUCUAUCGAGAACGCAGUACUUGUGAUGAAUUCUAAGCGAUGGCCCCUCUUCAUCGACCCUCAAGCACAGGCGAAUAAGUGGAUACGUAAUAUGUACAAACCGAUUGGACUUUCAAUUACAAAAUUAACGGAUAAAGAUCUUUUGCGUACCAUUGAAAAUUGUGUACAAUUCGGAAAACCAUGCUUAAUCGAAAACAUCAGUACUGAAUUGGAAGCUUCCCUAGAUCCUAUUCUCACUCGUGCAUUGUUUCAAUACGCCGGACAGCCGAGCAUCAAAAUUGGCGAGAAUAUCGUGUUCUACAAUUCUGAUUUUCGUCUUUAUUUAACCACGAGACUACCUAAUCCCCAUUAUACACCGGAUAUAGCAAUAAAAGUGCUAAUAGUCAAUUCCAUGGUGACUGUUGGCGGCCUUGUUGAUCAAAUGCUGUCUCUAGUUACUAUACAAGAACGUCCUGAUCUUGAACGAGAAAGAAAUGCACUUAUUGUAUCGAGUGCUGAAAUGAAACGGGAUCUGGAGGAGAUUGAGGAUAAAAUUCUUUACAGACUCACGGUAUCCGAAGGAUCAAUAAUUGAUGACAUUGAUCUGAUUCAUACCUUGGAAGCUUCGAAAGCCAAGAGUGAAGAAAUCAAGGUAG